GAAAUAUAAGGGCUGCCACCAGCACCGGGAGAGUCCACACAUCUGAUAAUUCACCUCAUCAGCAAAUUCCCAAUCAGAAACUCUAACCUUAGCCCGUACACCGGCACAGCUCGUCUACUUUGACAGACACUGAACCCCAUUUCCCGACGCACUAUCACGAUGGCCAACAAUACCAACCCCGGUAACUUCGCCAACCGGCCCCGUGAGGAGGUCCAGGAGAUCGCCAGCAAGGGAGGUCAAGCCAGCAACCAAGGUAGCUCUACCUCGCCUACCGGUACUUACAACCCUGGCAACUUCGCCAACCGCCCCCGUGAGGAGGUCCAGGAGAUCGCCAGCAAGGGCGGUCAAGCUAGCCACUCGGGUGGUUUCGCCAGCAUGGAUCCUGAUAAGCAGCGCGAGAUUGCCUCGAUGGGAGGCAAGGCCUCAUCUGGCUCCUUCGAGCCCGGAAGUGAGAAGGCUAGAGAGGCAGGAGCGAAGGGUGGACAUGCCAGAGCUGAAGUUUAACAUGUCUCGCCAAUGUAGCGAAUUGACUUUGGCGCUGAUUAAUAUGGAUGCAAUGCCCAAAGUAGGUAGUCAGCCGUUCAUUCAAAACUCCCUUGACACUUUAACCAUGUUCGACUCUUUCUAAGUGUUGACAAGUUGAUCACUGUUCUGUCGUGGGCAUGGCGUGCCGCAUCCCCCGUCAGUGGAAUGAAAACCGAGUACGACCUCACUUGGCAUGGGGGGACCAAAUGCGGGAUCUGAGCCUGUUCCGAAUAAGUUUUUAAACUGAGCCUGCCUGCGUCCUGAUAUACAGUGUAGAGUGUCAUUGCCGGGAUUGCUGUGAUGUCUUUAUAGAGGCUGGGUAUUGUUGAACAGACCGUAGUUUUACGGUUACGUAACGGGCACAGAUUUGACGAAGGAUUAACCUCCGAAGCCUCGGGAGGGUAAGGAAGGGA